AUGCAAGAGCACGUCCGGGCCAAGGAGUCAAACAACAUCAAGCAGAGGCUCAACUGGCUGCUGGAGGAGAUGCACCAGGCGCGCUUAGAGCUGAGCGGCCGUUCGAAGAGUUCCGGCUCGGGACCCAAAGCACCGCGUGGGCCGAGACCACCGAACCGCCCUUUACACAUCAUCUCGCGACUUCUCAAUGUCGUGAACUCCAUCCCCGACUGUGAGGGAACUUUCACAAACCGCGAGCGGGUGUGGUUGCUGUCAAUGGUCACAGCGCUGUCCCACACGGUUGGCCGGUGCGAGCGGCUAGUCCAGACUCCUGUUCCACUCUCCUAUGCGCGCCAUACUGCGCGCUUCGUUUCCGUUUGGACGUUAACUUUGCCCUUCGCUCUUGUCAGCAGCUAUCGGUGGCUCACGGGACCGUGUGUGGCCUUCGUGACGUGGGCGCUCUUUGGCAUCUUGGAAAUUGGGAACCUCAUCGAGGAUCCCUUCCGCCGCAGCAUUGAGCUAACCCCCAUCUGCGAGGCCAUCUACCACGAUGCCGGCAGGGCUUUGUCAGCGGAAGCCAGCUCUUUGCCACGGCAGCCGUGA